UGAUGGAAUAUUUUUUAUUUGUUAGCAGAAUUCUGUGGAUGGCAAUAGCCAUCAAUUUUAUUCCUUUCUUGAAAGUGUGUUGAUAUCGCCAUUCGACCAAUUAUUCCUCUUAUAUGUUGGUGUUUUAUAGGGAUCACAUUAAGGAUCAAGUGCAUCACAUACUGUACAUGCAAGCGACGGCGUUUAUAUUAGUGAUGAGGGCAAUGGCUGCUAUGGUCAUUGAACAUGUCAAUGAUCAGUAGGGAAACCAAUGGUUGGUUAAACUAGCUAUUUAUACCUCUGUUGAUUGGAAGGUAAUAAAUGAUACCAUAAACUUGAUCAUCUUUUGUUGGUGCAUAUUGAGGAAGAGAUUGAUUGGUUUAAGUUUGUGAACCAUGGAUAUGCUAAGCUAAAAGAAACUCUGAUGGUGGAAAGAUGGUAUUUGGAUGAGAUACAGUGGAAUGCUCUUCAUUUGGUGCACCUGCUUCUUGUAAUGUAGGGGAUGUUGAUGAUGGAAGGAAGUCAAAAGAAGUUGUAAACUUGCUUGCUUUGUGUAAUGAGUAAGCAAUAUAUAGAGUGCUGACAUUAGAGGCUGCAGUACUAAAGGUAUUUAAAUAAGAAAACACAACCUUAGUUUUGCUACAGAAUCAGAAAAAUGUGUAUGACAAAUGAUAAAAGGUUGGUUGAGUUUGAACAGUUUUAGAGAUUUGAUUUCGAAUUUGAUUAAGGUCAUAGGGCAGGGUUUUAAAAAAAAAAACUGAAAAUAUUAUUAAAUAUUGGCUAUAAAUUAUAAUAAUUUUAUUAAACCUAAACCAAGUCAAUGACAGCAUGGUUGAACUUUUAGUUGGUAUAUAUUUGUAAGUAAUAGAAAAUGAGUCUUAGAACACAAUAAACCCUAAAUAUAGUUUUAACAAAGAAAAAAGACGAAACAUUAUAAGACUAAAACCAGAGGAGGGCAGGGCAGAGAAGAGGGUCCUCGAUCACCAUGGCUACUGGUUUGAGUACUAGGAAUGGCAAUAUUGGCAUGGCCCUCCCCACCGCCGCCGUCAACAAACUCAACAAUCCAUUACCAUCCAAAGAAUGCAGCAACUGCAGUGGCCAUUCUCCCUUCUUUAUCCACCAAGUUCGCCACUUAGGCAUCCUCCGCCGCCUCUGCACUGCCUGUGUCCUCCGCCUCCACCCUUCCUCGUUCUGCCCUGCUUGUUUUACCUUCUACGGCGGCUCCCCACCCCAUCCUUCCAAACGUGUCAACUGCUCCAAUUGCUGCUCCCUCACCCAUUCUCACUGCGCAGGCGACACCAUUCUCACCUCUUACCUCUGCACACCUUGUAAGGACUCUUCUUUCUCUUUCUUUCCUCUCAAGGACAACAAGAUCGACAAGAAGCUCGCUCUCGCUUUGCUCUGCGCUGCCAAGAUUGCCUCCUCUUCCAUGGGGAAGGCCGUUACCGUAGCAUGGGCCGAGGCUGACAGGAAGGUAAGGGAGGCGGCGCUUGCAAGAAAACGGGCAAGGGAAUCCCUCGAACAUCUACUCGUUGUUACUCGUAAGGAAAAGGCCAGAAAGGAAAAUGAGGCCAAAGUUGAGGACUUGGACGUGGACAAUGGUGAUGAAGAUGGUGACGGUGAUGGGGAUGGGGAUAUUGAUGUUGAUCUCGUACGACAUAUAGAAGAUAGUCUUGUUAAAGCCGACGAUUGAGUUCUUUUUGUGUGUUUUGAUGGAGGUGUCAAAGCUUGGAAACCAAGGCUGUACAUUGUUUUUUCAUUUAUUCUUCAUUUAUUCUUCAUCAUUAUCUUA